AUGAGAGAUGUGUGGGAGGCGGAGGCUCCGACAACUGUGGUGGAUAUUAUCUCCGAAUCUAACGAGACAUGGUGGAUUUCAUAUCCGGCUCCAGCGAUUCCUCUCCGGAGAGAAGGCAGGGGCUCCGACGUUAAGUUGUCAGCAGAAGAGAGGAUGCAGAACAAGAGAUUGAGAAGAGUUAAGGAAUGUUACUUCUUAAAAUAUCCUAUUCGAGCAUUAUACAUUGAAAAUAAGGGUUUUGUAGGGGAAUUUGCAAUGAUGGUGUCUGCUCAGCUCACAGUCGAGGUUGCUAAUGAGGUUAAAGAAGGUAUCGAUUUGUUUCUUGGUUGA